AUGUCCUUUACUCGGAUUAAUCGACACAAACAGUACUCCGAGCGGAAUAAGUUUAUUCACACACAACUUCGUUUUUCUGCGGAGAGUGCGGCUUUCAUGAACGUUGGACCUUCGGAACACUACCUUGCGCGCACAUCUUUCCAUCGUCUUCUAACCGCAGCUGGUGUUAAUGUUAAUCGGCGUUCAAUUUUGUUGUACUUGAACCUAACCAUCCGGAGGGACGAACCGCUCCUGAUUACCGGUCCGAGCGGAGUUGGAAAGACUGCAUUGCUACGCGUGUUGGCUGACUUGUGGCCUGCACUGGCUGCUGACCAAGGGCGACCGGAGCGCAGCCUUUUCUACCGUUCUCCCAGGUUCACCUAUGCCUAUGUUCCACAGCAGGCGUUUGUUCCAUCUAAUGGCUCCUGUCCCUCCGAGCUCUUCAACCUUCUAGAUCCUGCGGACACAGAUCAAGCGACAUGGGACCCUCAUGUUCGGGCAUUACAUCUCGCCUACCUACUGUUAACACUGUCGGACACACCAUCCCGAUCAAAUGCACAGGUUUCUGUGCAAAGCGAGCAAGAUGACGAAUCAUCAAUGCGAAAAUCUUUCCCCACAAUAAAAGUGAAUGCCGCCUACUCAGGAAGCAUGGAUUUCCCUUUGGAAGGAAUAGAUGGGAUGGAACAGUACCCCGUUUCUUCGUUUUGUGGCUAUCCCAUCGACGCUUUUGACCGAGCCCUGAAACUUCUCGUGGAAUUUCGUUUGGCUGAUGUACAAGAUGCCGAGUACAUACAUGAAAAGUUGCGCUCUUACCGAAUAAGGUCAUCCGUUAUCACUUCGACCAAUUGGUGCUCGGCAUUUUGGAAGCGUGUAGGCAAUUUGUUCCGGUUGGGCUGCCAGCUGGUUUCGCACCGAUCGACUUUUGAACCGGCUGAAAGCUUCUCCUUCAUUUGUCCUAAUGUCAACCUUCUUUUUCUCUUUGUUGCCGUUUCCGUAGAAGUGAAUGCCGCCUACUCAGGAAGCAUGGAUUUCCCUUUGGAAGGAAUAGAUGGGAUGGAACAGUACCCCGUUUCUUCGUUUUGUGGCUAUCCCAUCGACGCUUUUGACCGAGCCCUGAAACUUCUCGUGGAAUUUCGUUUGGCUGAUGUACAAGAUGCCGAGUACAUACAUGAAAAGUUGCGCUCUUACCGAAUAAGGUCAUCCGUUAUCACUUCGACCAAUUGGUGCUCGGCAUUUUGGAAGCGUGUAGGCAAUUUGUUCCGGUUGGGCUGCCAGCUGGUUUCGCACCGAUCGACUUUUGAACCGGCUGAAAGGUCGACUGGUUAUUCUCCCGGUGAAGUGCAGCGACUGUUACUCUGCUCCGUAUGUUUUCAGCGCCCAGAUGUAGUGUUUCUGGACGAGGCAACCAAUCAGCUAAGUGCAGCGGACCAAGCACAAGUGUAUGAGAGUCUCCGCUCACGGAAGAUCACCCCAGUCACCGUUGCCCAUCAGUUGAAUCUGCGACAGUAUCACUCUGUGGAAUUGCAACUAUUUCCAUCUCCGAAUAUCCCAGACAUUGAAGAUAAAUCCGACGGUGUCUUGGGUGACUCGGUACAUCCAUCGUGGAAGAUUACACGUUACCGGUGA